AUGGCUGUUACGGACAAUGAAGACCAUCCAAUCCUCACAUCUCCCGAGCAAUACAGCACUCGUUUUCAUGACGGCUAUACAUACUCCCAGCGUCUCGAUUAUCUCUCUUCUACUGUGCCUUCUGUACAAACCUCUAGCUUCGCAGCAAAACCAAUAGAAAAUGGGUAUACGGCUGCUUCACCCGACCAUGCAUUGCCACAUAUUGCUACAAAUCCUAAUGUCUGGGACAUUGAUGAUGGUGGGGAUAGAGAGGCGGUGUGCGCCCCUGCUCAGAAGGAGAACCAAAUGGCAACAGAAGCAGCAGAAAAAGAAGAUCAAAAACCUGAACCUGGACAACACCCGCAAUGGGUGGGUAAGCAAUACAUCAUCGGCUUACGCGAUGGUGUUUCUGUCCACAGCCAUCUCGCUUCCUUGCCCAUCAUGCUGCGCGAUCAAAUCGAACAAGUCAUCCCCGAAAUCAAUGGAUAUGCUUUACCUGCACCCUACAAUCCAUCCACUUCUCCUCUCCACCACUCGAUCCUCGCCAGCAUACGCAAAGACCCGUCCGUCGGUUUCGUAGUCCCCAAACCACGAGGAUUUUUUUCCGCAGAAGGAGGGAAGGAGUUGGAAGGAGAGGAAUUGGAAGAGUACAAAGAAGAGAGGAUGUGGUCUACACUGCAAUACUUGGAUCCUGGAGUGCAAGUUACGGAUGAUGGGGCAGAGUAA